CGUUAUCAUAAAGAACCGUCAUCAAUGUAAAAUGCAUAGAACGUAAACAAUCUAUGGUAAAGUGUGAUUUAUGUUCAACAACACGUUGAACAAAACUUUAGUUAAAAGAUCGGAAGAACAGCUGACCGCAGUGGGCGUUGCAGUUCACGAACGCCUCCUGACGGCCACGGACUGUCAACACUAGGCUGAGAGGUGUCCUGUCUUCAGCUAGUAGUUUUAGUGGUAGCUUGUGAAGUCAUGGCGACAUCAAGCAGUCUGCGGUCUGCUGCCCGGCUUGUCUUCCCAUUCAGCAAGACUUUCCGCUCGCGCUCGGCAAUAACAAGACAGCCUCUAUGGUUUAAAGGACAUGCAGGGGCUGCUGGUGGGGCCUGGCUGCUCUCUGUACCUGCUGUGUGCUAUCUGGGGGGUGAGCUGUACCGGAGAUUACACAAGGCAGCCACGGUCUAUGCACUGAGUCCUGUAGAGGAGGUCCUUGAACAGGCUGACUACCUGUACAGCUCUGGAGAGACGGAGAAACUGCACCAGCUUCUUCUGCAGUACAAGAACAGCGAUGACGCAGAGUGUCUGUGGAGGUUGGCACGGGCGUGCCGGGACCUGGCUCUGAUGUCACACGUAGGGGCGGAGCAAAAGAAGCAGCUGACCUAUGAGUCGCUGGAGUACGCCUCCCUGGCCCUAGAGAAGAAUGAAGCCUGCUUUGCCGCUCACAAGUGGUAUGCAGUGUGCCUUAGUGACAUAGGAGAUUAUGAAGGAGUCAAAGUGAAAAUCGGGAACUCCUACAUCAUCAAAGAACAUCUAGAGAGGGCAGUAGAGCUCAACCCUAAAGAUGCCACCUCCUUCCACAUACUUGGCUACUGGUGCUAUGCCUUUGCGGAACUCCCCUGGUACCAGCGCAAAGUAGCUGCCAUGAUCUUUGCCUCCCCACCCUCUGCCACAUUCGAGGAGGCCCUUGCCUUUUUCCAGAAAGCAGAGGAAGUGGAUCCCAACUUCUACAGCAAGAACCUGCUGAUGAUGGGCAAGACCUACAUGAAUAUGAAAGACAACGACAACGCUGUGGCCUGGCUGACACGGGCGCGGGACUAUGUCCCUAAGACAGAGGAGGACAAAGAGGUGCAUAAGGAGGCUGUGGAUCUUCUGAAGAAGUUUAAGGUUUGAUGUCUCAACAGAAGAGCAUCAGGCAUACACUGACCACUUGGCAUUGGCCACUGAGAUUUGGAUAGCUGGGAUGAUUUUGUGUAAAUCUGCCUUAAUGUUUGUUUGUUUGUUUUCCAAAAGUGCUUAAUACUUACUCAAUACUAAAAAUGUUCUCCAAAUGUAUAAUAAAAAUCAUAGUUUUGUAA